UUUUUAUUUUAUUUUAUUUUAUUUUAUUUUCCCUCGCCCGCUAGACAACAACAAGCCCCAUCCAUCAUCGCCUUCUCCUCGACCUCUCCCCCCCAGCAUCAUCAUCAUCAUCCUAUAUCAUCACCACGCAUACGCCCCUUGACUGACAGACACACUCCCUCUCAUCUGGCCUGCCUGUUCUGUUUCUCCACUAGCAGAAGGGCGACUGACGCUUUUCUUUUCUUUUCUGUUCUGUUGUUUUCCCUUUGGUUUUCCCCUCCUAGAAAAAAACCCCUCCUAUAUUUCUCAUCAACAAAAAAUGGCCGCGCAGCAAGCUCCACCCACCUUCAAGCUCGUCCUCGUCGGUGACGGCGGUACCGGCAAGACUACCUUCGUAAAACGCCAUCUGACUGGUGAAUUUGAGAAGAAAUACAUUGCUACUUUGGGUGUUGAAGUCCACCCUCUCAACUUUCAGACGAAUCUGGGCGCCAUCCAGUUCGAUGUGUGGGAUACUGCCGGACAAGAAAAGUUUGGUGGUCUGAGAGAUGGUUACUAUAUCAACGGCCAAUGUGGCAUCAUCAUGUUCGAUGUCACCUCCCGCAUUACCUACAAGAACGUCCCAUCUUGGCAUCGUGACCUCGUUCGCGUCUGCGAAAAUGUCCCCAUCGUCCUCUGCGGUAACAAGGUCGACGUUAAAGAGCGAAAAGUGAAGGCCAAGACCAUCACUUUCCACCGCAAGAAGAAUCUCCAGUACUACGAUAUUUCCGCCAAGUCCAACUACAACUUCGAGAAGCCCUUCCUGUGGCUCGCCAGAAAGCUCGUUGGCAACCCUGGCCUGGAAUUCGUUGCCGACAUUGCACUCGCACCACCUGAGGCAACAGUUGAUCCGGCUGCGAUCGCCGCCGCCGAGGAGGAGAUGAGACAAGCUGCCCAGAUGCCUCUUCCCGACGAGGAUGAUGCCGACUUCUAAAAGUUCUGGAGCGAAACAAAAUAUACAUGUUGUAAUGAAUAAAUACGCAAGAAAUAAAGUGGGGGCAAUGGAAAGUCUGAAAACAGAUGUGUAUGCUCAUUGAAAAUGAAAUGAGAAUCCCUUUUGCGAAACUAUUUAAAGAAAAAUCGAAAAUAAUAUACAGUUCUAAUGUGGUAAUGAAAUUCUGUGACAAAUGAUGUGAGAUGUCAGGUUACAUGUCCUGGCUUAUUAAUCCUUUCACUAUAUAACUUCUCACAAGCUAGCAAUCUUUUCAAUCAAGUAAGCUUUACAUAAUUACAUCUUUUAUAGGUUAUAAGAUCUGUUUUACACAUAAAUGCUGCUAAUUCAGAAUUUCUUAUCAAUAUAAUUAUUAUUUUAACUGCUUUAUUUAAUAUAUUUAUUAGGUGUUAAAAUUGUCUUAUUUUAUCAGUAUUAGACUGACUGUGUG